AUGUCGAGAAUAAGCCGGAGGAAGAAUAUCAGGUUCUUGAUUUGGUCGCUUGUGUUGCUAUCCUUGCUUGCAUUUAUCGUGACAACAUAUGAUGUGCAUGAUGGAGUUAUUAAAUUUUCCAAUGAGCCACUAAAGGAGACUCAGCAAUUAGGCAACAGAAAAAAGAGACCAAGUGGAAAAGAUGAAAAAGCCAAUGAGGACAAUGGAGACGAUAAUGAUGAACACCGGGCCGCAAAGAACAAUCAAAAGAAUAGCGGAAAGAAAGGAAGUGAAAGUAAGAACGAUGAUGGAGACAACGGGAAACAGACAGCACAGAAAGGAAAAGCUAAUGAUAAGAAUAAUGCCAAACAAAAGCCUCAGAAGUCUGAAAAUGCUGCCAAACCCGGAACCCCAAAGAAACCGCAGAAAUCAGGAAAAACAGAAGAGGAGGAAAAAGUUGAUAAAGAAGGGAAAGCAGAAAAACCCGCAGAUAAGAAUACCGAGGAUCAGAAAGCAAUGGGCUCAGAUGAUGAAGCCAAAAAACCCGAUGCAAAACCACUGAAAUAUAAGACUACUCCAAAGCCUAAAUUACCUCCGAAGCCUAAAGAAAAAGAAGAGGAAUCUGCAAAAGAUCAAAAAGGAUCUAAGUUGAAAUCUAGCCCUAAAGAUGCGGUUAAUGAUUAUGUCAACGAAAAAUAUGGAGACCAUUCAAAUGAUCCUAAAAAUCCUAACAUGUUUCUUGGGGAUACAUACAAGGGACCUGCCAACGAUGGAAGUAUCUAUGACGAAGAUGAAGAUGAUAAUGAUAAUGACGACGCGGAUAACGAUGCUCCUCAUAUUCAUGAGUCCGAACAAGAAGGAACUUUGGGCUCUGGUCCAGUACCUAACUCAGCACUUAAGCCAGUGACAAUAAAAGAGAAGCAAUUUGCUGACGUUCCAGAAAAAUUUGAUGAGAUUCAGCCUUUAAAUUUCAGGGUAUAUUCCCAUAAUGUUAAGAAUGGUGGUCACGAUAUCUUGGUCUCAGGGGAGAGAACAUGGGCAGAAAGAGUAAACAACAUAGCUACUUCGAUUGCUUUUAAUGCACGCCAUGAUACAAUCGUAGCAUUACAAGAAGUUUACAAAUUUCAGUUAGACAAUCUUUUGAGUGAAUUAAAUAGAUAUUCACCGCCCAACAAUCCUGAAUGGGCAGCCUAUGGUGCGGGUAGGAUUGAUGGUAGAAAUAUUGGGGAAUUUGUGCCUGUUCUCUACAAAACUUCUGAAUGGGAAUUAGUUUUCAGUGAUACUAUGUGGUUGAACGAUAAAGAUCCAAGAGUAUCGUUAGAAGGCUGGGAUGCAAAGUACUUGAGGAUUUGUUCAUAUGUCACCUUAAAACAUAAACGGACAGAAAACUACUUUAAUGUAUUCAAUACCCACUUUGACCAUGUUGGUGAGCUUUCUAGAAUUGGUUCUGCCAGCAUGAUUGUUCAAAAGAUGAAUGAGAUUAAUAAAUGGCCUUCCAUAUUCUGUGGAGAUUUAAAUGCAGAACCAAAAGAAAGAACAUACCAAUUAAUCACAGAGGAUUACAAAGACGUAUCUAAACUAACUACUGCUUUCAAUAGAUAUGGUCAUACUAAGUCCAGUGUAACUGGAUUUGAAGGUGAAGUUUUACUUCAAGGAGGUCAGAAUAUUGAUUAUAUCUUUGCACCUGGCUAUACUACUAAGGUUAAUCAGCAGGAUGAUUGUAAUGAACAGUCGAGGCCGGAAGAUUCGCCAGAAGCCAAUUUAUCAUUGAAGUUGCAAGUAUUUGCAAUGUUACAUUCCAAAUUCAAUGGUGCUUAUAUGAGUGACCAUAGACCGCUAGUUGCAGAUUUCACUUUAGAAAACAAGUGUAAAUGA